AAGGGAGGGAGCCAGCAGCACCAUUUAAUUAAAGAGAGGAUGGGCCAAAAAGUCAUAAAUAGGAGGUGAUGUGCUAAGGUACUUCCUUUUAGCUGUCGCAGCCUGUGAGCAAAGGCAGGCUGGGCCAAGAUGAGGUCUCCCGAAGACGAGUGGGCUUGUCUGCUAGCCAACAUCACCAUGUUCAGCAAAAAGAAGAAACGCAUUGAGAUAUCGGCCCCUUCCAACUUUGAACACCGAGUCCAUACAGGAUAUGACCAGCAGGAACAGAAGUUUACGGGGUUACCGAGGCAAUGGCAGGGUAUCAUCGAGGAGUCGGCCAAGCGGCCAAAGCCACUGGUGGAUCCAGUGUGCAUUACGGCAGUCCAGCCUGGCUCUCAGAAGGCAGAGCACAGGCCUGGGAAGGCCCCAGAAGCCGCAUCCAAUGGCCCCGUGAGUGGAAGCAGCGGCCCCUCCAGGCCCCCCCCUUCAGGCCCAGCACGAUCCAGGAAUCCGGAGCCCCCCCACCCGGGACUCUCCCAACAUGCUUCAGACCCCCACCUGACCACGUGCCGGCCCCCCCCGCCCCCUCCCCCAGCCAGCCCCCCCGGCCCCGCUCCCCCGGCUCCUCAGCAGCCCUGCUCCCCACAGCGCGAGCCCCAGCGGGUCUCCCACGAACAGUUCCGAGCUGCCUUGCAGAUGGUGGUUGACCCCGGAGACCCCAGGACCUACCUGGACAACUUCAUCAAGAUCGGCGAAGGCUCCACGGGCAUCGUCUGCAUCGCCACCGUCAAGAGCUCUGGGAAGCUGGUGGCGGUCAAGAAGAUGGACCUGCGCAAGCAGCAGAGGCGGGAGCUGCUCUUCAACGAGGUUGUGAUCAUGAGGGACUAUCAACAUGAGAACGUGGUGGAGAUGUACAACAGCUACCUGGUGGGCGAUGAGCUCUGGGUUGUCAUGGAGUUCCUGGAGGGCGGUGCUUUGACUGACAUUGUCACACACACAAGGAUGAACGAAGAGCAGAUCGCAGCCGUCUGCCUCUCUGUGCUGAAGGCCCUUUCCGUACUCCACGCUCAGGGCGUCAUCCACCGGGACAUCAAGAGCGACUCCAUUCUGCUCACCCAUGAUGGCCGGGUCAAGCUCUCUGACUUUGGAUUCUGCGCGCAAGUGAACAAGGAGGUGCCACGGCGCAAGUCGCUGGUGGGAACCCCUUACUGGAUGGCCCCAGAACUCAUCUCCCGGUUGCCCUACGGGCCAGAGGUGGACAUCUGGUCCCUUGGCGUGAUGGUGAUAGAGAUGGUUGAUGGGGAGCCCCCUUAUUUCAAUGAGCCCCCUCUGAAGGCCAUGAAGAUGAUCCGAGACAACCUGCCCCCUAAACUUAAAAACGUGCACAAGGUCUCUCCUUCCUUGAAGGGGUUCCUUGACCGCUUGCUGGUCCGAGACCCAGCCCAAAGAGCCACGGCCAACGAGCUCUUGAAGCAUCCCUUCGUAGGCAAAGCCGGCCCCCCGUCCUGCAUCGUGCCCCUGAUGAGGCAGAACCGGAUGAGAUGAAAGAGCCGGACUCCUUACUGAAGAGAGAACAGGGUCGGGAAAGGUCCAUCAUCCCCAGCCAGUCCCAUGAAGCAGCUGGAGACCUGCCAGUGAGGAUGGGGUUCUGGGACCCCUCCAAGCCCUGCUCCGUGGGGGGAGUUCCCCCCCCAUUGGUGUGGGCAAGAGGAGUUCAGCAAGCAGCUGGGACCCUUCUUUAAGGACUCCUCUUGAUCAACCGAUGACGCAGCCCCCCAAAUGGACGCAGCAGACGCAUCUCCAGCAGACCUUUCUGCAUCACCACAUUGUACUACUGAAGUGAAGUGGGGCUGAGGCUGGGGCUGGGGCUGGGGCUGGGGCUAGGGGGGUUAAAAGGUGGCAACAUUUCUAUUGCCCUUUCAUUGUUUGUAUCCUAAAUCCUGGGCAGCGAUGUUCCGGUUGGGGAGCGGGCAGCGGUCUGGCAUAGCAGAAAUGUUUUCUUCCCUCUCAGCUAAGCACAGAGAAGGUGGGGCGUUGGCCAAAGGCACCCUGGGGGAGAGGGGAGGGGGCCCUUCCGGGCAGGAACUCCUAAGCACCCACGGUCUCCGCUGCUGCAGACAGGAGGGAGCAGCGGAGCCACAUGGCAGGCGCCCCUUCCCCAGGGAGAGGCGGAUCAUCGGGUGCAGAAAACUCGCUUGCUCCCGAUGUUGCUUUUUCUCGCAGUGAAGAUGGAUCCUGAAUCUCAGGUAGGGAAAACUCGCCCUAGAGAACCUCAGUGGCUGGACAUGAGAAUCUGGGGCUCCUGCUCAUUCUGAGCUGCCAGGUACAGCGCAGGAUCCUCCGUCCAGAUGGGCGGUCGCUUGCAGAGCUCGGCUUGUCACGGAGACCGAGGACUUCCUCAGGCUCGGCGGGGUGACUGCAGGCACCUAGUGCUGCCGAAUGGCAUUCCUGCGGCUGCGGCAGAGGAAGCGCAUCCCGGGGUGAGGCGCGCUUUUACCUUGGAGGGGGGAGGUGGCAGGAAAGGGCCGUGGCCUCACAGCAAGCCCUGUCCCUGGGGUUCCCCCGUAGCGUGCGAGGGAGCUUGGGCAAGAGGUGUCGGCCUGGGCAGGCAGAGAUUGUGCCCCGCGUUUUGUCCAGGAGCAAAAUGGGCCUGUUGCUAAUCGGGUAGGAACUGCAGCCAGCGAUGCCCCUGAUCCCAGAAGGCUGGUUGUGAUCCUGCCCCGUUGCCCCGUUUCUCUCCCCCAAAGAGCCCGGCUGCUGGCUGCCUCUCCUGCAACCCUGCAGCGCCCCUUACCGGGCCCGAGAGGGUGUCCCUCAGGCCUGGACGGCCUCUUGUGCUGCCCCGCGUGAAUCUGCUUGGCUGCUCUUGUGCUUCGUGCCGUCCCCCUCCCCGCGUGGCAGAAACGGCUUGUGGCAGGGGAAUUACGUGGGAGUGGGAGUGGGAGUCAUCCCAGUCUUGAUCUAAAAAUGUGAGGCGUGGCCUGCCUUCGCAAGGACUCUCAGCUGCUACUUCCCGCUGUAGGGCUGGAAGGUGGAAAGGGCGGGUGGGCGAGCAGUGGGCCUCCAGGUGAGCCGUGUCCGGCGGUGGGACGCUCGGUCGCUUCCCUUGCCCUGCUGGGAGAGGAGGAGGAGGAGGAGGAGGUUCCUGUCCCUUUGUCCCAGAGCCGGGCCCUGAAAAGAACGGUUUGGGGGGUGCAGCAGCAAAAUGGCCCUUGUCUCCUUGGCCCUCAGCAGGUGGCGCUGCUCUCAGGCAGGAGGGGCAGAGGGGCCUGGCACAGGGAGGACAAAGGGGCCUGAGGCGCCAGCUCUGGGCCUGACCGAGUGAAGGGGCGCUUCCAUCGUGGGCACCAGGGCAGAGAAGCAAAGGCUUCUCGAGGCCCUCCGAGCACCUGAAGCCCCGGGGGUUUUGCCUGGCUGUUUGGGGGGGGGAGAGGGGUGCCACUGUCUUUGGGAAGGGUGCCAAAGGAAGGGCACCGCUGCUCCUCUGACGAUAACUGUUCCUUGCAUGUUGUACAGUGUGAGCUUCUCUGCAUGCAGAAAAUAUUAGGGGAAGGGUUGUACUUCUCUGCAGGUGCUUGGGGUUUUCUACCUGCCUGGAUUUAGAUUCUCGUGGGUGUAUAUUAUGCAUAAUCUUUGCUGUGUUAUCUUUGAGGAGGGGUGGAAGACGCAGCCUCCCUCGGGCUCAGAUUGCGAGUAUUUCUUCCUGCAGGCACAGCUUUUCCUCUGCCCCUACAAAAAAGCCUCCAGCGUUUCCGGGGCCUCCCUCUUGCCACCUUCAGGGACUCCGUUUACCAAGUGGGUUCAGCGUGAUGCCUGCCUCCUUUUCAAGAAAGGAGCAGCCUGCCCCAAAGAUACUGCCAGUUGUGUAUGUGUGGGUGUUCCUCUUCUCCAGCCGUGCCAGUGGACCUCCAGAGCCAGCUGGUGGGUUUGGAAAGGCUUCUCUAGGCCCGUGGGCUGGGGUGCCCUAGCAAGCACCUGCCUGCCUGGCCCCCUUCCUCUCGGGGGACUCACUGAGGUCUCUCUCCCCUUCGUCCUCCGCGGGAAGCCCAGCCUGGGCUGAUCCUGCAGGGUUGCUCCGAUCCGCCCCACAGGGGCGUUCGCUGAGCAAGGUCUUCGGUGCUAGCAUUCCUGACUUAACGACAGCCCAGCCGGGUCACACCAUCUCUGGGCGCAGGCUUCGUUCCCAGAGGCGUCGGCCUCGCCAGCCUCCCAAGCCUCUCCUCUUCCGGCAUUUCACGCGUGCCCAGCGGUCCAGAGGGUGCUCGGCCGCUCCGCCUGCGCGCCGAUCGCUCCCCUUCCCCAUUUUGGAUAGCCGGUUGCUGCCUUUACUUCAGGAAUCCGUUUUUUAUGUACAGACUUUUUUUUAACACACUAGCACCUCAAGUAUGCAAGAAUAUUUAACUUUUCCUGCAGGGAAAAAGACUUAAAAUCUCAGAUGAAGCUGCCACGUCAGGGAGGUGCGGUUUCUGGGGUGGCCAUCUUCCACCUCUUCUGGCUUCCUCACCACUUCCCUAACCCAACACUACAUUUUCCCAGAUUUCUGAAAUAAAGGACUGGAAUUUUAACUGCAGGCCUGGAGGACCUGGCCACAGAUGCCUUUCUCCCUCCCCGCCUCCUGGUCGCUUGAAGAAUUUUAUAACUGGAGGCCUCAUCCAGAGUUGUUUUCCCCCUCUACAAGAAUGACUACUGAUUCAUUUUGUGGGGUUUUGUUACCUUUUUUUUUAAGAAGUUAUUUAUAUUGGUUUUUUCCUGUUUUUGUUAUCUUUGGUAACUCAACAGCAUUUCAUGUUGAGAUGAUUUUUUAAAAAUUGCUUCAGACAAACUGCUGUGAUUAAUUCUAGUAACAGUUUAGCCAUGAAUUGUCUUGUAUAAAGAGUCAAAGUUUGUGUCAAA